AUGCACCCGAGCCCUCCUCCUCGCGGCUCCCCCGCCCGUCGAGGCCGCUCGCCCCGUGCUGCGCCCUCUACCCCCUCCUCCGCCUCCGUUCCGCCUGAUUUUUCUGCAAAGCCUGCCACCACUUUCACCUCCUGCCUCUCCAUCGCCGUCGAGGGCGCCAUCCCGAUCGACCGCCCCGACGCAGCAACUCUCGUCGUCCACCCCGAAGUCUCUGCGCCCGCAACAGGCCCAGAGCCCAAGAGGGCGCCCAGAAAGUCAAAGACGGACGCUAUUGCCGCGCUCCACAACCACGCACAAUCCGCCCUCGGCCAGGACGAGCUCACAGAUGUUAUCAACGAGGACGGCGCAAUCCACAUCCAGCUUCGUGAUGGGCCUGCUCUCGCUGUCGCCCCCGCUCUUGACAUGUCCUCUGUCAAGACCCCCAACCCUCGCAUGAUUUUGCCCAGGCCGUCUGAGCGGCCAUUCGGCCUUACCGACUGCCCCACCUUCCACCCCACCCCAGAGCAGUUCAAGGAUCCGCUCGCAUACAUUCGCUCGAUAUCGGACCAGGCACGCGAAUACGGCAUGUGCAAGAUCGUGCCACCACAGGGCUGGGAGAUGCCGUUCGUCACUGAUACAGAGAGAUUCCGCUUUAAAACGCGCCUGCAGCGUCUCAACUCCAUAGAGGCCUCCUCUCGUGCUAAAGUGAAUUUUCUCGAGCAAUUGUACCGAUUCCACAAGCAGCAGGGGAAUCCACGGGUCGUUGUUCCCACUAUCAAUCACAAGCCUCUUGAUCUGUGGCUCCUACGCAAGGAAGUGCAGAAACUUGGAGGUUACGAAUCUGUCACUCGGGGAAAGAAAUGGGCAGAUCUUGGACGAAUGCUGGGAUAUGGCGGUAUUCCUGGCCUAUCGACGCAGAUGAAGAACUCGUAUACGCGUGUCAUCCUUCCAUAUGAGCACUACCGCGAACGUGUCCGUAACUCACCGAAUAUGUCUCCUAACAAACCGCGUGAUCCCCAGCUAAGGACUCACGUCAAUAUCCAGUCGGCGAGCAAGUCUAGAAGCGAUUCGUCGGCGAAGGCAGAUGACGACAGCCCCCCAUCAAGUCCACUGACUGCGACUUCUAGCCCGCUGUCUGAACCUCCUGAUGAGUCGGAGGCUAAGGAUGCAGCUGGUGGCCGAUCUGGCUCCUCUAAGACCCGAAGGAAUCCAAGGCAAAGCUCACAUGAGCAGUCUGCGCUUGCGCGCAAAGCGUCUAUUAACGAAGGUGUUCCAGGCGCGCCUGGUCAUAAGAACGAGACGAAGGAUCCCAGUGUUGAGCCUCAUUGCGAAAUAUGUUUGAAGAAGGAUCGUGGAGAGGAAAUGUUGUUAUGCGAUGGGUGUGACUGUGGCUUUCAUAUGUUUUGUCUUGACCCGCCGCUUGCUGCUAUACCCAAAGGCCAAUGGUUCUGUCACACAUGCCUGUUCGGCACGGGUGGAGACUUUGGUUUUGACGAAGGCGAGGAACACAGUCUGUCUAGCUUCCAAGCCAGGGACCUCGAGUUCCGGCGUUUAUGGUUCAAGUCGCAUCCUUCAGCGUCUUCUUCUGAGGGCGGAAAAGAUAAAGAUGGAGAUGUCAAGAUGUCCGUGAAAGUCGAUCCAAACGAUCCCACCGUGAAUGUGUUCGAUGGUAUCGUUGUAACCGAGACCGACGUCGAGAAUGAGUUCUGGCGGCUUGUCCAAUCGCAACAGGAAACGGUGGAAGUCGAAUAUGGCGCUGAUGUGCAUUCCACGACUCAUGGGAGCGGUAUGCCCACAUUGGAGACGCAUCCACUGGACCCGUACUCGAAGGACUCAUGGAACCUCAAUAAUAUUCCGAUACUGUCUGAUUCCCUACUCCGGUAUAUAAAAUCUGAUAUUUCAGGUAUGACGGUCCCUUGGACGUAUGUCGGUAUGGUGUUCUCGACAUUUUGCUGGCACAACGAGGAUCAUUACACAUACAGCAUCAAUUACAUGCACUGGGGCGAGACCAAGACGUGGUAUAGUAUUCCUGGGGCGAAUGCUGAGAAAUUCGAAGCGGCAAUCAGGAGAGAAGCACCGGACCUUUUUGAAGUGCAGCCUGAUCUUCUAUUCCAACUUGUCACGUUGAUGAACCCCAAGAGGCUUAAAGAAGCUGGUGUAGACGUCUAUUCUUGCAAUCAGCGGGCAGGCGAGUUUGUCAUCACAUUCCCCAAAGCCUAUCAUGCGGGCUUCAACCACGGGCUGAAUUUCAACGAAGCCGUAAAUUUCGCACUCCCUGAUUGGCUGCCGUUCGGUCUGGAUUGUGUGCGGCGAUACCAAGAACAUAGGAAAAUGCCGGUGUUUUCACACGAUGAGUUGCUCAUCACCAUCACACAACAGAACCAAUCCAUUCAGACGGCGCUAUGGCUAAAUGACAACCUGCAAGAGAUGAUGGUGCGCGAAAUGCGCCUCCGAGACAAAGCCCGAUCGUUGCAGAUGAGCGAAACAUUAGAAGAGAUGGACCGGCCCGAGGACCAGUACCAAUGCACGUUCUGCAAGGUGUUCUGCUACCUCUCGCAGAUCACGUGCCAGUGCACGACGAAGGUGGUCUGCAUUGACCACAUCGACGAACUGUGCAAAUGUGCGAAGGCGAGUAGGGUUCUGCGGAAGCGGUUCGACGACGCGGAGCUGCAGGAGAUUCAGAUGAAAGUAUCAGAGCGCGCGGCGGUCCCGUCAGCGUGGCGGAGCAAACUCAACAAGCUCCUCGGGGAGAGCGCGCGGCCACCACUCCGUGGCUUGCGUGCAGUUCUGGCGGAGGGCGAGCGGAUCAAUUACCCCCUACCUGAAUUGCAGUCGCUGCGGAAGUGCGUCAAUCGCGCGAACGAAUGGGUCGAGGCAGCGAAUACGUUCCUCGUUCGCAAACCUAGCCGCAAGCGCGCUCGAAAAGUGCGCGGACGUCCGUCUAGUGACAGCUUGGCGAACAGUGUUACGGAGGAGGUCAACGACAAGCCUGACCGAAGCCUGGAUGAGUUAUACUCGGUCUUGCGCGAAGUCGAGAACCUUGGCUUCGACUGCUCGGAAAUUGGGUUCUUGAAGAGCCUGGCGAAGGAGGCGGAGGAGACUCGGGACAAAGCUCGCAUGCUGCUGCACUCACCACCCAAGGCUCGUGAUCGUGAUGCAUAUGUCCAGGAGUGCGAUCGGCUGCUCCUGCACGGUUCAUCGCUGAACGUGCUGGUGGACGAGCUCCUUGAAGUCGAGAAGAUUGUGCUACGUGAACAGUUGUUGCAUGAACUGGAGAACGACAUGGCGGACGACCUGGAGGACGACAUAAUCAGGCUGGAAGAUGUCAGGCAGUACAUCGCGCGCGCCCAACAUUGUGACCUUCCACACGACAACAACUUUAUGAUGACUCUGAAUAGGCUGCUCCACUCAGGCGAGGAGUGGGAAGAUAGGGUGAAGAACGUCGUGAAUAAGUCGCAACGCACAUUGGAGGAGCUUGACGAAGCGGUGAAGCGAGAACCUGGUGUGCCAACGGAUCCGGAGCUGCUGGACCGCUUGGUGACUACUCGUGUCAGAGCCAAGGAUUAUGAGAAGCAGGCGAAGGCGUGGCUGAUGCCUGAAAUUGGCGCAGUGAAGCCUAAGGUCCAGGAGGCUUCGAAACUAGUGUCGCGUGCAGAGAAGGACUUCAACAUUCCGGCGAUUCUAGACUUGAAGCGGACGGUCGAUUUUGCGCUCGACCUUGAGACGCGAUGUGAUGCCGUGCUCAAGCAGCGCUACCAGCACACCGAUGAGGGCGACAUCUUCCAGACCAUGCAACAGUGGCGCAAAUACGCGAAGGAGCAUUUGACAAUGUUCACAUUGCCCAAUUUUGAGCGGCUGGAUAAACAGCUUACAACUCAUGGACGCUGGCUAGAGGGUUUACCUUGGUACUGUAGGCAACAUCAGGCGGCUCAUGGACAGGCCAUUCUUGAGGAUGUUGUUGAGUCCACUCGACCAGAAGAUGAUUUACCUCCGGGCGAUGAGUACUUCACUUGCAUCUGCACUACACCCGUUCGUCCCCCCGCCGCAGGGACGGUAUCCGACGCUGUGCAGUGCGACCAUUGCUUUGCUCGCUUCCAUGGUGUGUGUGCGGCUAACGGUGGCUCCUGUCCGUUCUGCGACCACCAUCACUGGAACGGCACUAUCCACAAGGAGCGGAGCUGGCACUUCUGCUACCUGCCGACUAUUCUCCUCCACGCACCCGACGUGACGAAGUUCUAUUCGGAGGACUGGAAACAGCUCGAGAUCAUCGUGCACCGAGUCGAUCGGCUGUCCGCUGUCAUUGGACAAUUCCUGUCAUUUGCCUCGCAACCCGCGAACCAGCGUCAGGAGUACAUCCCCCAGGUCCGCCACUAUAUGCGCAAGCUUUACAGAAUACAGUUUGCCGUGUCUCCGAAUCCAGAAGUGUCCUUUGGCCUGGAUCUCGCUGGCUUGCAUCGUAUCCUCGCCGGGCAGCCCGCACCUGUUAGGAUCAAGAAGAGACGGCGUCCCAAGUUCACAUUUGGGCAGGACGUAGACAAGGACUGGCUCGAUGGCACACGGUGCAUCUGUAGGGGCCGCACAAAUUAUCUGCUCAACUAUCCCACUGUGGAAUGUGAGAUGUGCGGCAAGCUGUACCAUGCCGGAUGCGUCUUCUAUCCAAUCGACCCCACAUCUUCAGUUCGCAGUCGCUUCAUGUGUCCGUUGUGCUGCAUCCGCAAGAACAGACCGUACCCCUACUCUGAGGUCCGCGUCAAGCAUAUCGGUGAGCAUUCACCUCUGCGCUUUUUAUUUCCCCUCACAAGCUUUGUCAUAGAUCAUCCUGAUCCUGAUAUGUACGUCGAUACGAAGGAGAUGCUAGAAACCUUCAGUAGGGAUUUAGUCUAUAUGCAAUUGCCCCCUCCCUAUACGCAAACACUCUUCGUCGAACUGAUCCGCUUCGUCCCUGGCGUGCCAGAAAAUCUCGGAUCGCGAAGGCUUUCUCCGCUCCCGCCCCAUGCUCUUCCUCCACCAAAUAUGUCAGGAUUAAUGCCUCAUCCUGGUCCGUCGCACACUCGCCCUUCCCAUCCAGGCCAUGCACCUCCACCACAUCCUCCCUCGCAAAGAGCGCUCCCGCCUUCUCCGCUUCCGUAUGAGAACGGACGUCCAUCCGCAUCAUCAGGGCACCAUGUUCCUCCUCCUCCACCGUGGUCAAAUCAGAUUUGGAGCAACGCUGGUGCCACUGCGCCGCCACCCUGGGCAAGGUCUCAUCCCGAACCAAUGCACUCUCCGCUCACAACGCCUCCGCAGUCGUCUCGGAAGCGUAAGUAUCCUGAAGAUGCAGCGCAGCCCCCCGACGAACGCCUUGCGACGGGAUUCUCGCCCGUUCCACGAUCGCCAAAGCGUAGACAGGCGUCUCAUACGCCACAGCCAGUGCCUCGCAAUAGUCAAGGGCUUUCACCGUCGCUUGCAAUGAUGCUCUCGCCUGUCCCUCCUGAUGCCCGUUCUCCGCCUCGCGCACCGCCACCCUUAUACCCGGGUCGUCCUCUCGCGCCGAUGGCGUCGGGGUCGUCGAUCAGAAUGUCCGACGAGUCUCAUCCCCUCCCUCCACCCCAGGGCGUUCGUAAACUUGUGUACACGGAGGUCCGCCCCGAUCGAGACGGCUGGGACUCGAUCGCGCUGGUGGAUCCUCACCGCUCGCCGAAUGGACCUUCUCCAGUCCACCCUAGGCGUUAA